AGAGAAACGAGGUUCUAAAGUUUCGCGUGUGUGUGACUGCAGGAGUUAUCAGCUCGAAACACACCAACGUGGCGACCAAGUUUACAGCGACCGUGGAGCGCGAGCGAGCGAUAAACAUCUAAAUCUACAGCUGGAAACAGAGAGAAAACCGAGCCAAACAAAGAGCGGCAUAGGAAACGUCAAACACUACAAUCCACAGAGAGACAGUGUGUGAAUGUGAGUGUGCGCGCGAGCGGACACAGAAGGAAGCCCCCCACUACAGGAGGAGGAGGAGGCGAGAUGGAGAAGCCCCCGUUGCCUGGUGAUGAUGAUGAUGUUCCCAGGUUGGAGGAGAGCCACUCGGCCAUGGCUCUUAUGUCAAUAGAUGGCGUGGAGUCUGAUGAGGCGGGGGAGGACCGUCCAGCGUGGGACAGUAAACUACAGUAUGUCCUCGCCCAGGUGGGCUUCAGUGUGGGCCUGGGCAAUGUGUGGAGGUUCCCCUAUCUCUGCCACCAAAAUGGAGGAGGGGCGUUCAUGGUGUUGUAUGUGAUGUUGUUGGUGGUGGUGGGAGUUCCUCUGUUCUUCAUGGAGCUGGCCGCUGGCCAGAAUAUUAGACAGGGCAGCAUCGGCGUCUGGAAGCACAUCUCACCACGUCUGGCCGGCAUUGGUUACUCUAGCUGCAUGGUAUGCUUCUUUGUGGCUCUGUAUUACAAUGUUAUCAUUGCCUGGUCCCUCUAUUAUUUGGGGAACUCAUUCCAGUACCCUUUACCGUGGCAGAAGUGCCCUGUUGAAGUAAGCAGCAACAAGACAGUGAAGGAGUGUGCUGCUAGCUCACCCACUUCCUACUUCUGGUUUCGUAAGGCUCUUGAUAUCUCUGAUUCUAUCGACCAAAGUGGAGAGUUUAACCCCCUAAUAACCGGUUGCCUGCUGGCUGCGUGGACUAUAGUCUGUCUUGCAAUGAUCAAGGGCAUCAAGUCGUCAGCCAAGGUGAUGUACUUCUCCUCUGUUUUCCCGUACGCUGUUCUGUUCUGUUUCCUCAUCAGAGGACUGAUGCUGGAUGGUGCCAUUGAAGGGAUCACCUACAUGUUCUACCCUAAAUUAGAGAUCUGGAUGGAGGUGAAGGUAUGGCGUCAAGCUGCCACUCAGGUUUUCUUUGCUCUUGGUUUGGGUUAUGGUUCUGUGAUCGCCUACUCUUCCUACAACCCCAUCCACAACAACUGCCAUCGUGACGCCAUCAUGGUCUCUACUAUCAACUUCAUGACCUCAGUGCUGGCCUCACUUGUGGUCUUUGUGGUACUUGGGUUCCGAGCCAAGAACAUUGCCUUGGAGUGUGUUGUAACUAAUGUGGGUAAAAUGGCAGAGAUGGCGGCGUCAGGCUCCUCAGAGCACUGGUGGCCAUGGUUUAACAUGUCCGAUCCAAAAUCUGUGGACCUGCAGGAUUACAGGCAGUGGUAUAGCCAUUAUGGGAAUCAGCUGGGGCCAAACAUCACUGACUGUGACCUGGAACAAGAAAUGAACAAGGGAGUGGAAGGGACAGGUUUAGCAUUUAUAGCUUUCACUGAGGCCAUGGCACAGUUUCCGGCCAGUCCAUUAUGGUCAGCCCUGUUCUUCCUCAUGCUGCUUAAUCUGGGUCUGUCCACCAUGUUUGGCACCAUGCAAGGCAUCCUUACACCACUAAUGGACAACUUCAAACUGUUGGGCCGCCACAAGACUAUGCUUACAGUGUUUAGUUGCAUCCUGGGAUUCCUCAUAGGGCUGCUCUUCACUCAGCGCAGCGGCAACUACUUUGUGACCAUGUUUGAUGAUUAUUCCGCCACUUUGCCGCUGAUUAUUGUUGUUGUGUUUGAGACGAUCAGUGUGGCUUGGAUCUAUGGUGCUGACCGAUUUCUCGAUGAUGUAGCUGUGAUGUUGCACUGGCGCCCCCCUGUGAUCUACAAAUACAUGUGGAAGUAUGUGUGUUUGCUGGCUAUGGUGGGUCUGUUGGCUGCUAGUCUGCUGCGCAUGGUCUUCAAACGACCGACCUACACAGCAUGGAACCACACCACGGGUUCUGAGAGUAGUCUGGAGUACCCUGGCUGGGCUCUGGUGAUGCUCUCCAUGCUCAUAGUCACCGCCUGUCUCCCAGUGCCUGCUGGGUACCUGCAUUCCCUCCUAACCCAGAGACGAGAUCAAGCAGAGGAGGACGAGUCUGAACGGCACAGGGAACGGUACUCCAAAUGCCAUUCCGCUGAGCCUGAACUCAACAACCAUCGCCCCCUGCUGGAUGAGGAAGGCAGCCGGCCCAGCUCUACGUUCCUAGUGCUGGGGGUAGAUCACUACAGCCCCCUCCCACAACAGGAAGAUGAGGAGGAAGACACCGAACUGUAAAGGAGGUAGCACAGCCAAUGAAGACAGGACUACAGAAGACUAAAGAAUUGUGACAACAAUUAACUAGAACUAUACAGGAACAUGAGGUGUACCUGUACACCUUUAUAACAGAGAACGGAACAAGAAGGGAGUGUUGCGUAUUUAUUAACUUGUGCUGGAGUCUUUUUUUUUUUGGGAGACAGAGAGUAGAGGGACUCCAUUUAUCCUCAUUAUGCUAAUGAAUUCUAUUAGUAUGUAAUUAUGUCCUUUAGCUUGCUGCCCUGCAUGAGCGGACACUCUUUGUACGAGUGAUCCAAUCACUGAAUUUCCCUCCGUUGACUUGGCUUUUGGUGUGCUGUAAGUGCCAAACGUGCCUUAUUUUAUACUUAAGUUACCUCAGUGUUUGUGUUCUUAUCUUACCAGGGCAUAGCUUUGUGUUUUUAUUCCAUACUCCAGUAUUUUUCAGUCUAAUGACCUGCAUCUGUAUGUAGCAUCCCUCUUGACAGUUACAAGAAGGCUUUCUAACAUGUUUCAGAGCAUUGCUGUGAGAUUUUGAUGUGUAUGGGGCCUUAUGCAUUGAAUUUGCUUAUCUGUUCUCAUGGAAAAUUUUCAGCCAGACUAGCCGAAAUACUGGAGUAUUGUUUUAUUUACAGAAACCACAGUCCGACACUAGUGUUUGACAAUGAGCAAACAGAACCUGGCAACCGUGCAUUCAACGUUCAGAGAAACAGCUUAAAGGAACACGUAAAUGGAUAAACUAUUAUCCAAGCACAUGCAAUUUUCAUAUAAAACCUAUUUUAUUGCAGUAAUCCAUUUCAUUUCAGUGCAUUUUAAUGCCAAUUCAUAAUCGUCCAAAUUUACAAAACAGCUCCUCUGCUGUUUUACAAAAGCGCCAAAGUCAGAGCGCACCUGCCUCUUAAACGAAAUGACAACUGGCACAUUGAUUGGUUUGUUCAUGUUACGCCCAAAACACACCUAUGAUUAAUUAAGAGAAUCAGUACAGGCCUUUUGCGUGUUUCGAGCCAUGUAAAGGAUAUUUUUUGCAGCAUCACAAUACCAAAGACACAACGACACGCCCUUAAUCCAACUGCACGAUAUACAAUUGACCAGUGUGUUAUAGAUUGCUAAAAUAGGGCUGUAAAGUUGUAUAGGUUGUGAAGUGAGGCCAUUCUGACAUAAAACCACAAUUUCUUACCUUUACAACUUUACAGUUUCAUUUACAUAAACAGCUCUGAAAAGAUUUAAGAGACCACUUCAGUUUCUAAAUCAGUUUCUCUGAUUUUGCUAUUUAUAGAUAUAGAAUGCAAAGAAAACAAGUUCAUAUUCAUAAAGUUUUAAGAGUUCAGAAAUCAAUAUUUUAUGGAAAAACCCUGUUUUUAAUCACAGUUUUCAUGCAUCUUGGCAUGUUCUCCUCCACCAGUCUUUCACACUGCUUUUGGAUAACUUUGUGCCACUCCUGGUGCAAAAAUGCAAGCAGUUCAGCUUGGAUUCAUGGCUUGUGAUCAUCCAUCUUCCUCUUGAUUAUAUUCCAGAGGUUUUCAAUUUGGAAAAAGCAAAGAAACUUAUAAUUUUUAAGUGCUCUUUUAUUUUGUUCAGGUCUGCAUGGAAUUCAGCAAGUGCUUAUUCACUUCUAUUACAAAUAGAAAUUACAAAUUUCAGCAUUUGCAGAGAGAAGAGUGUCAAAACUGUUGCUUUUGAUUAUCAAACACUACAAACAGAUACAUUAUACUUAAUAUGACAAACAGUACAUGGAUAAGUUUUUAAAAAGUUGCUGGAGAAUAAGCCUGCUCUGCUGUACAGAGGACAUUGUCAGAUUGUAUAACUGUGAUGUUUCUACAGAGAGAAAUAUCAGGUUGCUCCAACUACUCACAUAGCUGCUCAGAAAGUGGGCUAAAGGUUCUGCAAAUAAAGCCAAAAUGUGGCCAAAAGGUCUAAAGGCAUAAUGAUUCUGCCAAUAAUGUACAGUACAAACAGUAUAUAUUUUACUAAGCCUUCCCUUUUUGGAGUUUGUACUGAUCCUCAUGAUAAAAAUAACCCACAAAUACUCACCCACAGACAAACAGCCCACAUACACACACCCACACACUCACUGAGUGUGCACAGGACUGAGAAUAGAACUGAAGAAUGUGCCAAGUCAGGCUGUGAGGUCAGACUGGACUGACAUGAACCAACAUGUGGUUAAAAAAGCAUUAAAGAUGCCACUUUCCUAACAGUGGGUCUAAAGAGCAUAGAGCAGUACCUCACGGCUAUGACUUUUUUUUUUUAGAGUCUCAAAAUAUUCAGCAUUCAGCACACACACACCUACACACACACACCUCUAAGCUUACAUAUAUUCAAGGCAGCUUCUACAGUCAGUGAAUGAGAUGAUGCAUAAAUACUGUAGGGCUGUGUACAGGUUUGGUCUUUACUUUACAUCAAAACAUGAAAUAGUCUGUACAUUAAGCUACAACUUAUACUUGAUUCUGUUUAUUUUAACAGGUACCUUUAUGUUAUAUCCCCCUCAUUAUGUGCAGUAUUUUGUGUAGACUGAAUUUUGGUCAACUGUGUUAUGAGUGUGAGUGUGUUUGCAAUUAAUGUAACAUAUUGUUUCUUUUUUUUUGUGCAGUGAAAUGAAUCUAUAUCUGCUAUUUAGCAAAUAAAAUGUACAUAUUUGUUGUCAAAACAUU